CAGGAAGAGGAAGAGGAGGAACAAACCGGAUCCAGCAGAGCAGAGAGAAUCACGCGGUCCAGCCCUGCCUGAAUUCGCAGCCCCCACCUGUGGGAUCAUCGCCCCCCAUCCCGCAGGAGUUCCCAUUCCCAGCCCCUGGGAGGCUGCGAGGAAGAGGAAGAGCCUCUCCUUGUCCUUCCUCCCCCAGGGCAGGAGCUGAGGAUGGAGAGCAGGGAGGACAAAUCCCCGCGGCAGAACCUGGUGGGAGAGGCCGUUUUGAGCGGCUCCACGGCGCAGGAACCCGACGGGGAGGAAAAGCCCCGGAGAUCCCGCACGAGGAGGGGCUGCAAAGGCAGAUCGCGGGGAUCUGAGGGGGAAAGACCCACCCUGGGCCGGGGAGGCGGCCGGAGAUGGAGCCAGAGCUCGGAGCUGGGGGUCCCUGAGCAGCUCCAUGAUGGGGAGAAGCCCCACAAGUGCUCGGAGUGUGGGAAGGGCUUCAGGUGGAGGUGUGAGCUUAUUAUGCACCAAAGGAUCCACACCGGGGAGAGGCCCUACGAGUGUUCUGAGUGUGGGAAGAGCUUCACCCAGAGGUCCAACCUGAUCAAGCACAUGGUGAGCCACACCGGGGAGAGGCCCUACGAGUGUUCCAAGUGUGGGAACAGAUUCUCACAGAGCUCCAGCCUGAUUACGCACUGGCGCAUCCACACCGGGGAGAAGCCCUACGAGUGUUCCAAGUGUGGGAAGAGGUUUCCAACCAGCUCCUGUCUCCUCCGGCACUAUCGGAGUCACACAGAGGAGAGGCCCUUCUGCUGCCCCGACUGCGGGAAGGGAUUCAGGAACAACUCAGACCUCAUCAAGCACCAGAGGAUCCACACCGGGGAGAGGCCCUACGAGUGUUCUGAGUGUGGGAAGAGGUUUCAGACCAGCUCCUGUCUCCUCCGGCACUAUCGGAGUCACACAGAGGAGAGGCCCUUCCGCUGCCCCGACUGUGGGAAGGGAUUCAGGCAAAACUCAGACCUCAUCAAGCACCAGAGGAUCCACAGAGAGAGGCCCUACGAGUGUUCGAAGUGUGGGAAGAGAUUCUCCAGGAGCUCUACGUUGACCCGACACCAACCGAGUCACCGGUAAGGGAAGCCUUGCGAGUGCCCCGAGUGUCAAAGAGCUUCAUGCGCUGCUCCAGCUGCCCCCAUCCCCAGAGGAGCGACGCUGGGCAGGGUGCUGGUGACCCACAUUCCCCGUUUUCCAUGUUGGGAACACACCUGGCUGGCUUUUCUUUUGCUUUGGCCUUAAUUUUCCUCUGCUUCAUCUUCAUCCCUCAAAUCAGCCUGAAUGGGGUUAUAUGAAAGAAAUUGAUCAAAAAUUCCUGAAGUCCCAGCAUUGCACAGGCAGUUAAGGGGGAAUUUAGGAUUUGGAGACACAUUCUGUGUGGAGUGCCACAGGAUCACCCUUUUCCCACUGGAUUCCCAAUGGAUUAUCCCUUUUCCAAAUGGAUUCUCAGUGGAUCAGCCCUUUCCCCACUGGAUUCCCAGUGGAUCACCCUUUCCCCACUGGAUUCCCAGAGGAUCACCUUUUCCCACUUUGCAUUUGUAUUUUUAGUUUUUCCUAAUAAAGAACUGGUAUUCCUGGUCCCA